UAAUUACGCUUCCAUUGAAUUAUAAAAAAAAAAAUUGUAUCAAGCUUAACUGUCUCCAUAAACCUCUCCCCAUCAUCCAAAAGCCCUAGCGGCCUACACAGAAGAACUCAACACAACACAGCAACCUCAAAUUUCUUCUUUUCCUUACAAGAACAGAAGCACACCAGAAAAUCUGUCUUAAGAAAGAUUGAAUUUUUCUUUGUCCUCUUAAGGGAAAUAAAAUGGAUGAAAGAGAAAGCAGCUCACUUGUACCAGAAUCAGUCAUGGGCUCUGCUAAGACUACCUUGGCCGACCUCGAACGAGUACAGACCCACUUGCUUCAGUUCCUCUCUCUCUCUGACCCGGAUGUCCUCGCUGAGACGCCCCCUCUCCAACGCGCUCAGUCUCUCUUUCUGCUUGCCAAGGCCACUACUAUUCUUUUCUCAUUGAGAUUGAGAUGCAGUGGAAUUGACCCAGAUGAGCAUCCAGUGAAGACGGAGCUUGAGAGGUUGAAUUUGUACCAAGACAAGCUUGAACGGUCCAUAGAUUUGAGUAAAGCACCAUUGAAAUCUUCUGCCACCUUAAAUUACCAGGCUGCAACCCGUUUCAUUGAGCAUUCUCUGCCUGACCUUACCUCUGAACAGAAGAAAAGAAUGAGAGCUAUCAGUAAAGGAGAAGGAACCAGGAUAAAGUAUUUGGAGAGGAAGAUCCAAAAGAAGAGGAAAUAUCAGUCAUCUGAAAAACAUUCAGUCCAAACAGCUGCCUCAGAAUUUCUUGAAAAAGCAGCACGUGAGCUUCUUGGUGAUAAUGCAAAUGGUUUUAAGGGACCGAUGCAAAUUGACGCGUUAGAUGAUGAUGAUCUGCAUGUUGGCUGAUAUCCUAAUUUGUCCUGGUAUAUAUUGCUUUUGUAUUAAGGAUUCAUUUCUCAUAACCUUUUUGGUUUCAUUUUCAUCAUAUUAUUGUUAUCUUAAUGUUCUCAAAACAUGCAUGGAAAAGGUUCAAUUUGUAGUUGCUGAUAGCAAGAGUGUCUUGGCUGCAUAUAUUACCUCCUUAACUGUGAAUCUAUUACUUUCUUUGUUAAUUUCAUGAACGUGAAUAACUCUGAUUUUAUUAAUCAAUUAGUUAUAGGCUGUGCAAUUGCUGGAUAUGUGCAACUCAUGAAUACAUUGCUUUGUAGUUUUGUAAAGGGGUCUAAACAAGGCAGUUGCUAAUUAUGCAUGUGAUGAUGUGAAAGAGAAUGUGAAACAAAAGUUGUUGCUUUAUAUGUAUCAAAUAUUACCGCUAGUUUUAGUUCCCAAUGUAUUGCUUUUUUUUAUUAUUGGAAUUAAUUUUUCAUUCAAGCUGAGACUUGAGAGGUUACCUAGGUGUGGAUCACUCUAGUACCUGAAUGAAAACAGUAACAAAAAAUGUCCUUGUUUGGGAAUGGGGUAUAGUGGGUGUAGGUUUCUUUUUAGAUUGCUUGAUAAGAAUAAAAUAGAUUAUCCAUGUUGUAAUGGAAUAUAGAAAAAUAUAAUGUAAUGGAUUAGAACAAGGAUAACCACAAAAUUUUCUACUAUCCUAUACUUAUAAUAAAAUAGUUUCAUUUGGAAAAUACUAUGUUACUGCUUCAAUACUAUAGAAAAUAUUCAAAUCCCAAAUUUUAUGGCAUAGUAAUGAUUAUAAUAUUGUUUUUUUUAAAUAUAAAUUUUAAAUAAUAGUUAAGAAGAGAUGUGUUGUCUAAGCCUUUUAUAUGAAUAAAAAAUAGUAAAUCUAAAUUCAAAAAUUUUAUUAUAAAAAAAUUUUAGUAUUAACAUUUUUAUAUAAAAAAAUGUUGGAAUGGAGCAAGAAGUAGAAAACUGUCUUCCACAACUGAACACGGGCGUUAAUGUUGCAAAUCACUAGCUAUAUAUACAUUAUCUGGAUGUGCAACUUUUUCUGGCAACAUUGAUCAAUUGUGCUGUUUUUGAGAAGUACCAGGUUAAAGACCCACUAGGAUCUUUGCAUUUGAGUUUCCUCAUGUUUUGAGGACUGCUGCUGGUGUUUGUCAUCUGCUUGAGUGGUAUUGAAUGGUGCUUUGGCCUAGUUGUGAAGGAUUGCUUUCCUUGUUUCUGUGGUAAAAACGCAUGCUUUCAGUGUUUGAUAUUAGCACACAGCGUGGACAGAUAAUGGAGGGCUCUGGGAAGUCAUUUGUUUUGUAGAUGAUGUCUAUUAUUAUGCAAUCUGUUAUGCCAUUUCUUUGAAAAUUAUCAAACAUUUACUGGAACUAUUUGUGGAUGAUUGUAUGAAAUAAAUCUGAUUGCCCUCAUGUAAAA